CGUCUAUCAAAUUGUUCCAGUUAUUCUCUCUCAGAUCUAAAUGAUGGGCAAUGAAUGUGGGCAGGUCCCUCUCCGCUCUCCACUCAACACCCGGAUGUGUGCGGCACUUCGAGCGCAUAGUAGAAUAACUGGAUCCAGAUAAUAGACUAUUUGAUGGGAAUCAGAUCGCGGAUUACGACAAAAAAUGAAAUCAACUGAAUUGGUGACGUUUUGGAAUCACUGAUAGAAUGGAGGACGAUCUGGUGUCAGAGGAUGAUAUCUGUAAGUAGUUAGAAUUAUUUUAUUACUAACGGAAUAGCUGUCUGUAUGGCUUUUUGUGAUGACAACUCCGCUCAUCUGGCCUAUAUACUAGUCUAGGCAGCCUGCCUAUAGCAGGUUCUUGUACGCGCGGACACUGUAUCUGAGCAGAUACGAUCAGAAUAAUUGAUUAAUUGAUAAGAGCUACCAUGAACUGAAGCCAGUUCAAAUACUAGGCUAUGUUAUCAUAUUGCAACAUAAUGGUUGUAGGGAUGCUUGACAGGGCUCAUAGGGUUCCUCAUUAUAGGAUGAAACCAUAGCCUAUCGCAUUUGCAUUACUUCUGAAAUAUUAUAUUGUAGUAGUGCUUGACUUGGGCAUGAGCUCACCGGAGCUGAGUACCGGCACCUCAAAUGUUCAACUGCUUGAGCUCCUGUUCCUCUUAUAGAUUAUUAGCUCAAAAGUAUUGUGAAGGCCCUGCACCUAAAUAUAAACAGUACUGGCACCCAAAAUAAGUACCGGCACCUAUUUCAGUCCAAGUCAAGCACUGUUUUGUAGCUUAUUCAUAUAAUACAGGGUUUCCCAAACUCGGUCCUGGGGACCCCAACGGGUGCAUGUUUUGGUUUUUGCACUUAGCACUACACAGCUGAUUCAAAUGAUCAAAGCGUAAUGAUGAGUUGAUUAUUUGAAUCAGCUGUGUAGUGCUAGGGGAAAAAACGAAAUGUACACUCAGGGGGCCCACAGGACCUAGUUUGGGAAAUCCUGGUCUAGUGGUGCGGUGUUUAGCUGUUGUUUUUGCACCAAUUUAUCAUUGCACUUAUAAGAGGUUGGUGGCACCUUAAUUGGGGAGGACGGGCUCGUGGUAUUGGCUGGAGCGGAAUGGGUGGAAUGUUUGAUGCCAUUCCAUUAACUCAGUUUCAGCCAUUAUUAUGAGCCGUCCUCCCCUCAGCAGCCUCCACUGAUUGCACUAGUUUUCUGACUUGUAAUGUUCAAUGUACCGUUUGAUGUAGGCCUGGCAAUGUUAUGCAUAAUACAAGCAUAUAGCCUCCGGGAUAGACAGAUCAAGGUCAGUCUCAACCAGUCUGUCAAUGUUGUCUCAUGACAGAAACCAGCGUCUGUUGUCAUAAAGCGUCUCAGAGUAAGAGUGCUGAUCUAGGAUCAGUUCCCCCUGUCCAUAUAAUCGUAUUGAUUGGGAUUAAAGGACAAAACUGAUCCUAGAUCAGCACUAAGACGCUUUAUGAAUACAGUAGGAAGACUAUACAGAACAAAUCACAGUUAUCAAUAUAGAAACAGUUCAGUCGCGCUCACAUGUUUGCCAUAUCCAGUAUGUUGUGUACACAAAGUUGGAAUGUAGUAUGAGAUUUCUACCUUGAUGUUUUCCUCAAUGUUGAUUUAAGCGUUAAUAAGUUCCUGGCAGUUUUUAUGAACCUACUGGCAACUAUGGCAACCACUGAUGUACAACGCAUUUGGCACAACAGUGAUGAAACAACAGAGAGUAUUUUCUGCACAAAAAAUAAUGUCAAAAUGGUUGUGUGAACACUUUUGUUCAGACAAACUGUCCGUUGUAUCACCAAAGAAAUAUCAGCUAUAUCACAUCCACUGUUUCAAAUGUGUUUUAGGCUACAUCAGUUGCCAACCUGAGUGAGUACAGGGCCUUAGGGACAUCCAGACUAUGUCUGCGUCCCAAAUGUCACCCGUAUAGUGCGUUACUUAUGGGCCCUGGUCAAAGUAGUGCACUACGUAGAGAAUAGGCUGCCAGUUGGAACGCAACCUAUGAUUGGAAUUCAAUCUGAUGGCCCUAUGUGCCUUCAGCAUUACCACAGGGUCUACAGGGAUACAGACAUCAACAUCAAAGCAAAUUAAUGCAUUUGACAGAUCAAUCCGUGGCUGAGGCAGCGAUCCAUACGUCUCAAAUCCAUUGGAUAUAUAAGAGAUAGGAAACUGGACAGAGGAAGACAUAGGAAAAGAGAUGAGAGAAUAUCUUCAUGUAAAUCAGAUGGAUAUAGCGCAUUAUAAAAGGCUCAUAUGUGCUUAUAACAAGUUAUAAAUCAUUAUACCUGCAGGACUGAAGUAAAGUGUUACCAGUAGUUUGUAGUGAAGGGAACAGGCCUUGUGAGCGGAGAGAGAGCCUGACGCUUGUUCCUGUUUUUCCCUUCCUCAUUCCCAUGGCCCAUGUCUGUUCACAGUGCUCCGGUCGGAGAAGGAAUUCCACGAUGCAGCGAAGAGGAACGACACGGACAAAAUGCGGGAGCUGAUGAAGAAAGGGGUGGACAUCAAGGCCAAAAACAAAGUGAGUGCAUGUACGGGAUUGGAGAGCACACACACACACACACACAAACACACACACACACACACACACACACACACACACACACACACACACACACACACACACACACACACACACACACACACACACACACAAACACACACACACACACACACACACAGUCACAGGCAAACACACACACACACACACACACACACACAGUCACAGGCAAACACACACACAGUCGUUGGCAGAUACACACACACAUGCACUCACUCACACACACAUACAUACACACAUGCACACACUCACACACAAUAGUUUACCACUGUCAAGUGAAUACGGGUUGCUAUGCUUGUUUUUCAUGAUAAUUACUAUUGUUGUGUUGAAUCCUGACUGAAAGUGAAUUCACAAGAAUUUCAACUAAUUCCACUAAAAACUUAUACUAAGCUGUACUAAUUCCCAUUAGUAAACCACAGUGCAAUAUCCCAGGAAGGUUUUGAUCUGACAGAGUCAAUGCCAGACAGUCAGUGCCACACUGCCACUGCCAAUGCUUUAGCAGCUGUAGCUUUGUUCCUGCCGUUUGUGCUUUUAAGAAAAGGAAACCAGCUUCUUGUUGUCCCAGGAAAAGGAUAUGACCCGGAUUUCACCUCACUGUGGUGAAAUAACACCCUCCAACUUGUUUAUCUUGGCUAGCAUGGCCCAAGGUUUCACCGCUAGGUCGUUAACUGUUUCUCACUCAAUGUUUUUGCAAAAAGUUGCAUAAUAAAUGUUUUUGGAGUUUUUUGCAGUAAAAUAUAGCAUACAACUUAUGUUUUCUUCUCUGUGUCUUGAUUAACUGAAUUACCCUGCAGGGAUCAAUAAAGUAUGAAGCUGUCUCUAUGUGGUUAUGUGGUGGGAGUAUCUUGACCUAGACUUUACAUAACCUUUCAAAGAUGUUACUGUGUCUGUUCGAGUGGAAAGGGAGAGAGCUUUUGUCUACCUCAAGCUUCUUCAUAUUGCAUGCUCACGUCCAUUGCAGAUAAACCACCUUUCAUAUCUACAGUAUUGUUGUGUUUUAUUUCAUUCAGAUUCAGAACACUUUAUUGUCUCACAUUGGGCGAUAAAAACAAUAUGAAAGAACAGAUACACACUAAAAACACAUCAAAAGGUUUCACAUUCAAAGUGUUUCACAUCCUCGAUCUGUUCGUGUAGUUCUCUCUUCUCUACUCCAUCAGUGUUCUCUUCUCUCUGUCAUGUCUCUUCUGUAUAACACCUUUCAUUCUACAUAUGUUGUUUUUCUUCUUCAUUCAGACUUUUGUUCUCUCUCCUCUAUAAACAUGUUGUUUCUCUCUCCCUCAUUCCUCUAUAAUGUGUUUCCACUCCCCUCAUCUUCAUCAUGUGUUUUCUCUCUCCCUCUCUCAUCUCAACAUGUUGUUUCUCUCUCUCUCUCAUCAUGUUGUUUCUCUCUCUCCCCUCUCUCUCUCCAUCAUGUUGUUUUCUCUCUCUCUCUCCAUCAUGUUGUUUCUCUCUCUCUCCUCUAUAAUGUUGUUUCUCUCUCUCCUCUCCAUCAUGUUGUUUCUCUCUCCCUCCCUCUGUCAUGUUGUUUCUCUCUCCUCUCAUCAUGUUGUUUCUCUCUCUCCUCUCCAUACAUGUUGUUUCUCUCUCUCCUCUCCAUCAUGUUGUUUCUUCUCUCUCCUCUCCAUCAUGUUGUUUCUCUCUCUCUCCUCUCCAUCAUGUUGUUUCUCUCUCUCCUCUCUAACAUGUUGUUUCUCUCUCUCUCCUCUCCAUCAUGUUGUUUCUCUGUCUGUCUCUCCAUCAUGUUGUUUCUCUGUCUGUCUCUCCAUCAUGUUGUUUCUCUGUCUCUCUCUCCAUCAUGUUGUUUCUCUCUCUCCUCUCUAACAUGUUGUUUCUCUCUCUCUCCUCUCCAUCAAGUUGUUUCUCUCUCUCCUCUCUGUCAUAUUGUUUUCCUCUCUCUCCCUCUCUCCCUAUCUCAUUAUGUUUUCUCUCUCUCUCUUCCUCCUCUCUCUCUCGCUCUCUCUCUCUCUCUCUCUCCACAGACAGACCGUACAGCGCUGCACUGGGCGGCGGGGGCUGGGAACGAGCAGGCUCUACGUCUGUUACUAGACCAUAAUAAUGAGAUGGAUGAGGAGGACAGUGUAGGUACACACUCACACUCACACACACACACACACACACACACACACUCACACACACACACUCACACACACACACACACACAACACACUCACUCACUCACUCACUCACACACACUCACUCACACACACUCUCACACACUCACACACACACACACACACACACACACACACACACUCACACUCACACUCACACACAAACACUCACACUCACACUCACACACUAACACUCACACACAGUAUUUUAUUGUGCUCUAUGGCCUCACAAAGUUUAUUGCAGUUACUCAGCCAUGAUGUGCAUUUUCUAAUGAACUGCUCAUAAAAUCCCACCUUUGUUUAUAACCCCUUGAGACAACUCUGUCUCUGUAAUGCAGUUCAUUUGGGUGUACAAAGAGGUAACACAGUUAGAGACACCUUCAUAUUCAUCAGCCUAGACAUGGGGGGGUCGAAGAAAUGACCUUACUCAGUUGUUCUUGUCUGGUUCUCUGCACAGACACACACAAAAGUAUACACUCGCACAUACACACACACUCACGCGUAUGCACGCACAUACACACACACACACGUACACGCACACACACGCGCACACACACACGCACGGAUGCACGCACACACACACCACACACACAGCGACAGUAAACACACCCAGACCCUUUGUCUCAGGACAGUGGCAUUAUAAUGACUGUGAUGAUGAAUAUUUCAUGUCACGUCGCUCAGCCACCUGGUAUAGCCUACGUCUCGGACUUCUUUGACAUGUUGUACAGAAGACAUGCAACUACAUGUUGUACAACAAACUUCUUUGUCUGUUGUGACAGUAGCCUAUUACAAACAGAAGCAUGACACAGACAGGCAGUCUAAGUAGCGAAUUCAUGUAAUUUUUUCAGGUGGGGAGUUACAUGCAGCUAUUUAGGCAGCUUAUCAAACACAAGCAAGACACAGACAGGCAGUCUAAAUAACGAUUUAAUGUGUUUUACCCCAAUGCAAUGUGUAGACUGUGUCCUGCUUCUGCUACUGCAAUAUCCUUAAUUACAACAGACAGAGAAGGUUGUAGCUUACAUCCUAAAUUAGCCUACAAAAUAUACAGUAUAUAUACAGUGCCUUCAGAAAGUAUUCACAUCCCUUUAUUAUUUUCCACAUUUUGUUGUGUUACAGCCUGAAUUUAAAAUUGAUUAAAUUGAGAUUUUGUGUCACUGGCCAACACACAAUACCCCAUAAUGUCAAAGUGGAAUUAUGCUUUUAGAAAUGUUUACAAAUAAAUAAAUACAUGAAAAGCUGAAAUGUCUUGAGUAAAUAAGUAUUCAACCCCUUUGUUAUGGCAAGCCUAAAUAAGUUCAGGAGUAAAAAUGUCCUGAAGAAGUCACAUAAUAUAUUGCAUGGACUCACUCUGUGUGCAAUAAUAGUGUUUAACAUGAUUUCUGAAUGACUACCUCCUCUCUGUACCCCACACAUACAAUUAUCUAUCUGUAAGGUCCCUCAGUCGAGCAGUGAAUUUCAAACACAGAUUUGCCUCGCAAAAAAGGGCUCCUAUUGGUAGAUGGGUAAAAAAAAAAGCAGACAUUGAAUAUCCCUUUGAGCAGAUACAGGCGUCCUUCAUAACUCAGUUGCCGGAGAGGAAGGAAACCGCUUAGGGAUUUCACCAUGAGGCCAAUGGUGACUUUAAAACAGUUAGAGUUUAAUAGCUGUGAUUGGAGAAAACUGAGGAUGGAUCAACAACAUUGUAGUUGCUCCACAAUACUAACCUAAAUGACAGAGUGAAAAGAAGAAAGCCAGUACAGAAUACAAAUAUUCCAAAACAUGCAUCCUGUUUGCAAUGAGGCACUAAAGUAAUAUUGCAAAAUAAUUGGCAAAGUAAAUUUAUGUCCUGAAUACAAAGUGUUAUGUUUGGGGCAAAUCCAACACAACACAUCACUGAGUACCACUCUUCAUAUUUUCAAGCACGGUGGUGGUGGUGGCUGCAUCAUGUUAUGGGCAUGCUUGUCAUAGGCAGGGACUAGGGAGUUUUUUAGGAUAAAAAGAAACAGAAUAGAGCUAAGCACAGGCAAAAUCCUAGAAGACACUGGGAGACAAAUUCACCUUUCAGCAGGACAAUAGCCUAAAACACAAGGCCAAAUAUACACUGGAGUUGCUUACCAAGACGACAUUGAAUGUUCCUGAGUGGCCUAGUUACAGAUUUCACUUAAAUUGGCUUGAAAAUCUAUGGCAAGACUUGAAACUGGCUGUCUAUCAAUGAUCAACAACCUACUUGACAGAGCUUGAAUAAUUUUUUUAUAAUAAUGUGCAAAUAUUGUACAAUCCAGGUGUGCGAAGCUCUUAGAGACUUACCCAGAAAGACUCACAGCUGUAAUCACUGCCAAAGGUGAUUCUAGCAUGUAUUGACUCAGGGGUGUGAAUACUUCUGUAAAUUAAAUAUUUUUGUAUUUAAUUUUCAAUAAAUUUGCAAGAAUUUCUAAAAACAUGUUUUCACUUUGUCAUUAUGGUGUAUUAUGUGUAGAUGGGUGAGAAAAAGCAACAAUUUAAUCCAUUUUGAAUAUCAGGCUGUAAAACAACAAAAUGUGCAAUAAGUCAAAGGGGUAUGAAUACUUUCUGAAGGCACUGUAUAUAUUAUGUAUGAGGCAGAGAUGUAAGCUACAUCAUCACGUAGAUGAAAUUGGUUGCGGGUCCAGAAGAGGGUAAGAGUAAAGUGAAGGGAGGGGGAAGGGGAGGGGGAAGGGGAGGGGUCAGCGCAGCAGCUACAGUGGCUUGCGAAAGUAUUCACCCCCCUUGGCAUUUUUCCUAUUUUGUUGCCUUACAACCUGGAAUUAAAAUAGAUUUUUUGGGGAUUUGUAUCAUUUGAUUUACACAACAUGCCUACCACUUUGAAGAUGCAAAAUAUUUUUUCUUGUGAAUCAAACAAGAAAUAAGACAAAAAAACAGAAAACUUGAGCGUGCAUAACUAUUCACCCACCACAUGAUGCUGCCACCACCAUGCUUCACUGUGGGGAUGGUGUUCUCGGGGUGAUGAGAGGUGUUGGGUUUGUGCCAGACAUAGCGUUUUCCUUGAUGGCCAAAAAGCUCAAAUUUAGUCUCAUCUGACCAGAGUACCUUCUUCCAUAUUUUCCAUUUUUUAGUUUGGGGAGUCUCCCACAUGCCUUUUGGCGAACACCAAACGUGUUUGCUUAUUUUUUUCUUUAAGCAAUGGAUUUUUUCUGGCCAGUCUUCCGUAAAGCCCAGCUCUGUGGAGUGUACGGCUUAAAGUGGUCCUAUGGACAGAUUUUCCAAUCUCCGCUGUGGAGCUUUUUGCAGCUCCUUCAGGGUUAUCUUUGGUCUCUUUGUUGCCUCUCUGAUUAAUGCCCUCCUUACCUGGUCCAUGAGUUUUGUUGGGCGGCCCUCUCUUGGCAGGUUUGUUGUGGUGCCAUAUUCUUUCAAUUUUUUUAUAAUGGAUUUAAUGGUGCUCCGUGGGAUGUUCAAAGUUUCUGAUAUUUUUUUAUAACCCAACCCUGAUCUGUACUUCUCCACAACUUUGUCCCUGACCUGUUUGGAGAGCUCCUUGGUCUUCAUGGUGCUGCUUGCUUGGUGGUGCCCCUUGCUUAGUGGUGUUGCAGACUCUGGGGCCUUUCAGAACAGGUGUAUAUAUACUGAGAUCAUGUGACAGAUCAUGUGACAAUUACAUUGCACACAGGUGGACUUUAUUAAACUAAUUAUGUGACUUCUGAAGGUAAUUGGUUGCACCAGAUCUUAUUUAGGGGCUUCAUAGCAAAGGGGGUGAAUACAUAUGCACGCACCACUUUUCCGUUAUGUAUUUUUGAGAAUUUUUAAAACAAGUUAUUUUUUUCAUUUCACUUCACCAAUUUGGACUAUUUUGUGUAUGUCCAUUACAUGAAAUCCAAAUAAAAAUCCAUUUAAAUUACCGGUUGUAAUGCAACAAAAUAGAAAAAACGCCAAGGGGGAUGAAUACUUUUGCAAGGCACUGUACUGUACUAAAAAUGUGUCUGUUAAGUAACACAUGCACAGAACAUGAUUCAGUUCUUUAGCUCUGGGGGGCGGGACGGGGGCAAAAUGGGGUGGUUACCUUCGGUCGCGCUGCCUCGGCCUUAAUUCUAUUUCUAUAAUAUAUUGUCCCUUCUCAGUUUGGUAUGAAUGCUCUGCUGCUGGCAGCCUGGUUCGGUCGCCUGAAGAUCCUACAGAUCCUCGUGGCCGCUGGAGCAAAGCUCAACUGUGAAAACAAAGUAAGUCAUUUCAAUUAAUUACCUGAAUUGACCAAAUUCAAUGGAACGGAUCCUAACCCUAAUGAUGCAAAAACGCUGAUAGCACUACAUCAUGCAAUUUCCUUAAUGGUUUUUGAGGGUUUCAAUUGUGUCUAAUUGUAACUAGUUAUAGCUUAUGGAAUUCAGGCAAACAAUAUGCUGUUUGUAUUCACUCCUAUUCACACACAAAAAAGCCAACUUAACCAAUUGCUUAAUCAGCGUUACUCUGUGAGUUGAUUGGACUUCAAAAGAACAAGAGGUUGAGCUAAUGUGUUAAAGUUUGUUUACUCAACAAACACUGCUCGAAGUUAGCUGAAUUUGAACACGCUUGUUGAGUAAAAUUUAAAAAAUCAUGUUUGCUCAAAACCACACCCAUCAUCUUUAUAUUUCCCAGCAGGUUGAUUUUCAGAAUUGUUUGUUUCAAUACCUGUUUUUGCAUGUACAUUGAUUUGUUGAUUAAUCUAAUGCUACACAAAGAUAAAUAACAUACAAUUUUCUGAACUAAUCCUAUCUGUUAGUAGUUGGACUUAUUGCACCAGUUACUAAGAUGGCUGUUCCAGUUUAGAUUAUUUAGGCCUCAUUAAUCAAACUUCCCUACCCCGGCAGUCAAUUUUGGAUAUCCUUACUCUGGAUGGAUUCCAAUAAAAAUUACACAUCACUUUGCAAGCCAGCAUAAUGUGUUUUGCAGAGUUGAUGUGGCCUGUAAACCAGGAGUGUCAGACCAGUGUGUUAGGGUGUAACUACCCUCAAAGAAUGAUACAUAUGAUACAGUGAGUUUAAUUUGAAAACAUUAGGAACACCUAUCUAAUAUUGAGUUGCACCCCAUUUUACCCUCAGAACAGCCUAAAUUCGUCGCGGCAUGGACUCUACAAAGUGUUCCACAGGGAUGAUGGCCCAUGUUUCCCAUAGUUGUGUCAAGUUGGCUGGAUGUCCAUUGGGUGGUGGACCAUUCUUGAUAUACACGGGAAAUUGUUGAGUGUUAAAAACCCUGCAGCGCUGCAGUUUUUGACACAAUCAAACUGGUGCGCCUGCCACCUACUACCAUGCCCCGUUCAAAGGCACUUAAAUAUUCUGAAUGGUACUCAUACACAAUCCAUGUCUCAAUUGUCUCGAGGCUUAAAAAUCUUUCUUUAACCUGUCUCCUCCCCUGAUUGAAGUGGAUAUAACAAGUGACAUCAAUAAGAGAUCACAGCUUUCACCUGGAUUCACCUGGUUAGUCUAUGUCAUUGAAACAGCAGUGACAUAGACAGUGUUCCUAAUGUUUUGUACACUCAGUGUAUAUUCACUUGGUGAAGGCGACAGGACUGAAAGCCAUUGAAUGCAACAACCAUGUCUCUGUCGCUAACAAAUACAGCCAUGGAUGGUAACUACAAUUCACUCAAAGGGCACACUGGGAAUAUGCAAAUAAGGUAUAAUAUAUUUUCAAUUUGAAUUGUAUGUUCACUCAAUCUAAAACACGCAAUUCAACUUGAGAAUGUAUGUUGGUUCAACUAAUAUGCCCAAAUGUUGAACAAACUAGAAAUCGUAUUGCAUCUGGUUGCCUUGUUAUUUUAAGCUGAAUCAACAAAUCUUUUUUUUACAGUGUGUAACAAUGAACUUGCAGUUGAACUUCUGGUUAACACUUAAAGGUGCAAUAUGCAGUUUUGUGUGCGACCCGACCAAAUUAUAGAUUUGUCAUUCUCAUUGAAACCAAGUCUGAAAAGCGGUAGUUCCUUUCUAUUUGCUUCCUGUUUUGUUCCGCCCUGACUCAUGGGACUCUUGUACACUGCUCAAAAAAAUAAAGGGAACACUAAAAUAACACAUCCUAGAUCUGAAUGAAUGAAAUAAUCUUAUUAAAUACUUUUUUCUUUACAUAGUUGAAUGUGCUGACAACAAAAUCACACAAAAAUUAUCAAUGGAAAUCAAAUUGAUCAACCCAUGGAGGUCUGGAUUUGGCGUCACCCUCAAAAUUAAAGUGGAAAACCACACUACAGGCUGAUCCAACUUUGAUGUAAUGUCCUUAAAACAAGUCAAAAUGAGGCUCAGUAGUGUGUAUGGCCUCCACGUGCCUGUAUGACCUCCCUACAACGCCUGGGCAUGCUCCUGAUGAGGUGGCGGAUGGUCUCCUGAGGGAUCUCCUCCCAGACCUGGACUAAAGCAUCCGCCAACUCCUGGACAGUCUGUGGUGCAACGUGGCGUUGGUGGAUGGAGCGAGACAUGAUGUCCCAGAUGUGCUCAAUUGGAUUCAGAUCUGGGGAACGGGCGGGCCAGUCCAUAGCAUCAAUGCCUUCCUCUUGCAGGAACUGCUGACACACUCCAGCCACAUGAGGUCUAGCAUUGUCUUGCAUUAGGAGGAACCCAGGGCCAACCGCACCAGCAUAUGGUCUCACAAGGGGUCUGAGGAUCUCAUCUCGGUACCUAAUGGCAGUCAGGCUACCUCUGGCGAGCACAUGGAGGGCUGUGCGGCCCCCCAAAGAAAUGCCACCCCACACCAUGACUGACCCACUGCCAAACCGGUCAUGCUGGAGGAUGUUGCAGGCAGCAGAACGUUCUCCACGGCGUCUCCAGACUCUGUCACGUCUGUCACAUGUGCUCAGUGUGAACCUGCUUUCAUCUGUGAAGAGCACAGGGCGCCAGUGGCGAAUUUGCCAAUCUUGGUGUUCUCUGGCAAAUGCCAAACGUCCUGCACGGUGUUGGGCUGUAAGCACAACCCCCACGUGUAUUUGUGUUUAGCCUGAGGACUUCACGUUACGUUGUUUUUGUUUUGUGUGUUUAUUCUUUAUAAUAAACAUGUAUGCAUUUCACGCUGCGCCUUGGUCUGACCUGUCCUUAAGCGAACGUGACAUGUUUCUUGUUUUGCAUCUCUUUACUUGGUUUUGUACACCAGCUUCAAACAGCUGAAAAUACAAUGUUUUAUUUAUUUUUAUUUUUUAAACAGGGAGUCACCAUUGAGACCGGGUCUCUUUCACAAGGGAGCCCUGCAUAUACAAUUCAUAAGAUGAAAUCGAAUCAAAAUCAGAUCCAGUGUAAAACAAACUAAAAUACAUCACAACACAAAUAUUCAAGAAAAACUGUUACAUUCCUCAGUAUGAAGGUCCCCAGUCAAUAUUUUCAAUUGCCCGAGCGGCAUCAGAACAUCCUAUUGUAAUGUAUUUUGUAGUUGAGUGAGGUGCUUUAAACUAAAAGCGGAUUUACCUAGUUCGGUGGAGACCCGAGGAACCUCAAAAGUUAACCAACCCUGUGAACGGGUUUGGUAUCUCAUGUUUUUAUACUUUAACAACAAAGUUAGGUAAGUUGGAAGCUUGUGUUUGUCACGAUCGUGUGAAGGAUGAGACCAACGCGCAGCGUGUUGAGUGAACAUCGUAGACUUUAUUAAGUUAAAGCACGACAAAACAAUAAACCACGAUCAAUGAAGUUCCACGGUGCACUCACCGUAACGGAAACAAAAACCCACAACCCCACAGGAAAACAUACAGAAAUAAAUAUGGCUCCCAAUCAGAGAUAACGAGCCGAACAGCUGACACUCGUUACCUCCGAUUGGGAGUCAUUGAACAAACCUAGAAAAACAACAACCUAGACACCCAACAUAGAACACAAACACAUAGACUGCACACACCCUGGAUAAACAAUAAUGAGUCCCAACACCAGGGUGUGACAGUACCCCCCCCUAAAGGCGCGCACUCCGGGCGCACCAGCAUACCGUCUAGGGGAGGGUCUGGGUGGGCGUCUGUCCAGGUGGCGGCUCUGGCCCAGGUCGUGGUCCCCACCCCACCAUAGUCAUUACCCACUUACUUAGCCUCCUACACAUUACCACCCCCCAACUACACCCCACUGGGUUAAGGGGCGGCACCGGACUAAGGGGCAGCACCGGACUAAGGACCAGCACCGGGAUAAGGGGCAGCACCGGGCUAAGGGGCAGCACCGGGCUAAGGGGCAGCACCGGGCUAAGGACCAGCACCGGACUAAGGACCAGCACCAGGCUAAGGAACAGUACCUGACUAAGUGGCAGCACCGGACUGAGGGGCAGCUCCGGACUGAAUGGCCGAUCCUGGCUGGCUGGCUCUGGCGGAUCCUGCUGCUCAUGGCUGGCUGACGGAUCUGGCUGCUCAUGGCAGGCGGAAGGCUCUGGCUGAUCCCGUCUGGCGGAAGGCUCUGGCUGAUCCGGUCUGACGGAAGGCUCUGGCUGCUCCUGUCUGGCGGAAGGCUCUGGCUGCUCCUGUCUGACAGAAGGCUCUGGCUGAUCCUGUCUGGCGGAAGGCUCUGGCUUAUCCUGUCUGGCGGAAGGCUCUGGCUGAUCCUGUCUGGCGGAAGGCUCUGGCUGAUCCUGUCUGGCGGAGAGCUCUAGCGGCUCCGAUCUGGCGGACGGCUCUGAAGGCUCAUGGCAGACGGGCGGCUUUGUUAGGCUCUGUACAGACGGGUAGUUCAUACGGCGUUGGGCAGACGGACAGUUCAGACGGCGUUGGGCCGACAGGCAGUUCAGGCGCCGUUGGGCAGACGGGCAGUUCAGGCGCCGUUGGGCAGACGGGCAGUUCAGACGGCGUUUGGGCAGACGGGCAGUUCAGAACCCCGUUGGGCAGACGGACAGUUCAGGCCCCGUUGGACAGACGGCAGACUCUGGCCGUCUGAGGCGGCACCGUAGGCCUGUUGCGUGGUGCCGGAACUGGAGGUACCGGGCUGAGGACACGCAUCUCAGGGCUAGUGCGGGGAGUCGGAACAGGGCAUGCUGGACCCGGGGGACUCCCAUAACGCCUAGUGCGGGGAGCCGGAACAGGGCAUGCUGGACCCUGGGGACUCACCUCACGCCUAGUGCGGAGAGCAGGAACAGGCCCGGGCUGGGCUGGCGACGCGCACCGUAUCCCUGGUGCGAGUGGCCGGAACAGGCCGGGCCGGGCUGGCGAAGCGCACCGUAUCCCAGGUGGCGUGGAGUAGGAACAGGCCGGUCCAUACCGGGAACACACACCACUGGCCUCAACCGAGGAUCAGGAACGGGCCGGACCGAACUGGUUACACACCCCAGUACCUCCACGCCGUGCCUCAACACCUUCCCUCUCUGCUUUACCCAGUAGCCCCCCUUGACCUGGUAGCCCACUGAAUCCUACCCUUCUCUGCCUCCGUCAGCCCCCUUAACCUGGCCGCCUUCUGACUCUCCCUUGUGGCAGCCUCCUGCUGCUUCCGUCGCCCAAGCCAGUGCCCCCCCCCAAAAACUUUUUGGGGUUGCCUCUCCUUCAUCCGACGAUGGCCCUUUUGACGCCGUUGCUCCUCUUGCCGUCGCCUCUCCUCUGUCUCGCUCCAUGGACGGUGAUCCAUGCCGUCAAGGAUUUCCUCCCACGUCCAGGACCCUUUACCGUCCAAAAGCUCUUCCCAGGUCCAGACCCUCGGCUCCUGGACACGCUGCUUGGUCUUGGUAUGGUGGGUUUUUCUGUCACGAUCGUGUGAAGGAUGAGACCAACGCGCAGCGUGUUGAGUGAACAUCGUAGACUUUAUUAAGUUAAAGCACGACAAAACAAUAAACCACGAUCAAUGAAGUUCCACGGUGCACUCACCGUAACGGAAACAAAAACCCACAACCCCACAGGAAAACAUACAGAAAUAAAUAUGGCUCCCAAUCAGAGAUAACGAGCCGAACAGCUGACACUCGUUACCUCCGAUUGGGAGUCAUUGAACAAACCUAGAAAAACAACAACCUAGACACCCAACAUAGAACACAAACACAUAGACUGCACACACCCUGGAUAAACAAUAAUGAGUCCCAACACCAGGGUGUGACAGUGUUGGAAAGCUUUGUAAACAAAAAGGGAGUAAUGAAGUGAUCUAUGGGACUUUAAUGAGGACCAGCCAACCUUUUGAUACAGGAUGCAGUGAUGAGUAUUAAAACUGUCACCUGUGAUAAAGCAAAGGGUGCUAUGGUAGACAGCAUCCACAGGUUUAAGAGUAGUGGCUGCUGCAUUCUGGUAAAUGGUGUCUCCAUAGUCCAGAACUGGCAAGAAAGUUGACUGUACAAUCUGCUUGUUUUGUCACGCAAACUGAAUUUAGGCAAACAUUUUAGAUUUUUUGCAACCAGGCAAUGACGGAGCAAUUUCUGCAUGUUGGACCUUUAAAGCUUGCAAACAUAAUGAUCUAUAACUUAUUUAAUUUGUCUUAUUAUAAUAAUUGACUGACUUACUUGACUUAAGCCCUUGGCUCCUAUGAGGAGAAUAGGCCAUUGACGAAUGUCCUCCAUCUCACUUGGUUCGGGGCAAGUUUUUCCCGAUCACACCAGUCGAGGCCACUUUCAGUCACUUCUGUCUUAUAAUUUAGUUUUGUAUUAUAAUAAGACUUCAAAUAUGUUAUGUAUCCAUCUCUCUGUCAGAAUGGGCUGAGCCUGCUGCACUGUGCCGCCCAGCGGGGUCAUAGCAGAGUGCUGGAGUUCAUCAUGGAGGACCUAGUAGAGGACGUACUGCUGGACAGGGUGGACAAGGUGACUGCCCCACACCACAUGACCUGUUCUUUACUAGCACGUUUUCUGCACUUUCCCAGUUCUUUCAAAGACCUUUCUUAGCAAAUUCCUUGAACUUCUUGGAUUUUCCUAGGAUUGCUUUCCUUUCCCAGGACUUUCCCAGUACUGUCCUUGGGCUUUACAGGAUUUACAAGGAAAAUUGAUGAUGACACAAUGAAAUAAAUCUUGUUUACUUUAAGAAUUUGAUUAAUGCAGUGUCUCCACCGUCUGUGCACAAUAGAUACCUUGAGGGUUUACUAUGCUAUCUAUUAUUUGUACUGUGCCAUGUUUAGAUGUAUUUACUACUUGUAGUUAAGGAUGUCAAACUUGCCCGUAGCAUAUUGGCUGGAGUACAUCAGUGACAUCACUUUCCCUGGAAAAAAAAGAAGAAAAGCCAACUGUCGCUUACAGAGUGACAGACUAGUCCCUUGCUCUGCUGGCUAAAACGGUUGGCUUGUGUGUUUGCAGGAGGUUGUGAGUUGGAGCCCUGCUUGGGGCAGAACAGAAGGCUCUCUGUUUUUCCAAACGUUCUACAUCCUGUCAUUACUUUCAUACUGCCAUUUUGUCAUUACUGUCAUACUAUAAUUUGGUCAUACAGUCAUGUGUCAUUCUGUGAUAGUGUCAUUUGGUCAUACUGUGAUGUUGUCAUUACUGUCAUUACUGUUAUUGUCUUCUUAUUGUUAAUCCCUCACUCCCUGUCUUACUGUCAGUCUGGGAAGACAGCGUUUCACCUGGCUGCAGAACAUGGACAACUAGAGGUGGUCGAGUUCCUCAUCGGUAUGGGCUGCACUCAUGGCCUCAAGGAUAAGGUAGGUUCAGACAUUGACACAAGUGCACACACACACCCACACAGACACUCACCCACACACACACAUGCACACACACACACACACACACACACACAAACACACACUUAUAGGCGAAAACAUGAUUAGGCUAGUGUUACAAUAGCGAGAGAGUAAACAUGAACUUUAAUCACCUUUGGAAAACAUGUUCACAUUUCUUUUCAAGUGUGUGUGUGUGUGUGUGUGUGUGUGUAACUAAGAUGUUAUCAUGUAAAUAUAACAUGAUGUCCUUGAUGUGUUUUUAUAUGUCGUGUAGGAUGAAAACAUGGCCAUGCAUCUAGCAGCCAAGCACGGACACAAAGAGGUCCUGCAGAAGAUAGUGGAGACAGGAGUGGACAUUGACGAGAGAAACAUAGUGAGUAAAGAACAUAUUGUCACUGUGGUGUGGUGUAGGGUUCAAAGCAGCCCAGAAACUAUAUUUUAUAUUCCAUACAUUUUAGCUGUCGGGGUUCCUGCUUCACUUCAUAGGGGUAAUGUGGAGAGAAAAAAGUUUACUAUUAAUUUAUGUUUUGCUUUUAAACCUUUAUUUUGCCAGGAAAUAACAAAUUCUAUUUUACUAUAAUAACAACUAGGGUUAGUGCUACUUGUUGUAUUUUAUAUUGUUGAUUAUUCCCUAUUCUGUUGAUAGAAUGUAAAGCUGAUGGAGGCCUGUAGUGACAUGAUAUGUGGUUCUCCAGGACGGACUGACAGCUCUGCACCUGUCCUCUGAUGGAGGUCACUAUGAAUGUGUCAAGCUACUGCUGGAAGCCUGCUGUAACGUCAAUGCGCUGACAAACGUAAGGGUCAACUUUUCAAUUAACUAUAACUUGUAGGCUUUAUAGAGCAUUCAUCUAUACUGUAUAUUCAUAUAGCUGUAAACGUAUGGACAGAGGACCACAUAGAAGCGGGUGCUUCCUAUGCACUGACUGGGACAUUCUCUUCCAAGACAAUGAUGUUAAAACUCUUGCUGAGACAAGUGUUGAUGAUUAUGAAUAAUCUCUAAAGCAUCUACUUGUCACGACUUCCUCCGAAGCUGCCUCCUCUCCUUGUUCGGGCAGGCUUCGGCGUUCGUCGUCACCAGCCUUCUAGCCACUGCCGCUCCUCAUCUCAUCAUUCCAUUUGUUUUGUCUUGUUUAUUACACACACCUGGUUCAUAUCCCCUCAUCAGUACCUGUAUAAGUAUUCCCUCUGCCCCCUUGUCUUUGUGUGUGAUUGUUGAUUGUGGAGGUUAGAUUAGCUCGGUGGAGCUCUUUGUAUUUUGUAUCGCCGGGAUAUUUCACCCGUGUGCCUUGUUGUUUCCCAGUGCUCCUGAUUUCCGCACUGGAAUGUUUGACGCAUUGCUGCGUACCGCUGUGUUUUCGGAAUAAACCUUAUAUUCUGUGAUUUACCCUCCUGCGCCUGACUCCUUCAAAAUCCCUCACCACACUACUGAACAAUAAAUUAACUCAACAUGCAACAAUUUGAACUAUUUUACUGAGUUACAGUUCAUAUAAGGAAAUCAGUCAAUUGAAAUCAAUUAAUUUGGCCCUAAUCUAUGGAUUUCACAUGACUUGGCAGGGGCGCAGCCAUGGGUGAGCCUGGGAGGGCAUAGGCCAACCCACUUGGGAGCCAGGCCCAGCAAAUCAGAAUGAGUUUUUCCCCACAAGGUAUUUAUUACAGACAGAAAUACUCCUCAGUUUCAUCAGCAGUCUGGGUGGCUGUUCUCAGACGAUCCCGCAGGUGAAGAAGCCGGAUGUGGAGGUCCUGGGCUGGCGUGGUUACACAUGGUCUGUAGUUGUGAGGCUGGUUUGACGUACUGCCAAAUUCUCUAAAACAACGUUGGAGGUGGCUUAUGGUAGAGAAAGGAACAUAAAAUAUCUGGCAACAGCUCUGGUGGACAUUCUUGCAGUCAACAUGCCAAUUGCACGCUCCUUCAAAACUUGAGACAUCUGUGGCAUUCUGUUGUGUGACAAAACUGCACAUUUUAGAAUGGCCUUUUAUUGUCCCCAUCACAAGGUGCACCUGUAUAAUGAUCAUGUUGUUUAAUCAGCUUAUUGAUAUGCCACACCUGUCAGGUGGAUGGAUUAUCUUGGCAAAGGAGAAAUGCUCACUAACAGGGAUGUAAACAAAUGUGUGCACAACAUUUGAGAGAAAUAAGCUUUUUGUGUGUAUGGAACAUUUCGGGGAGCUUCAUUUCAGCUCAUGAAACAUGGGACCAACACUUCACAUGUUGCGUUUAUAUUUUUGUUCAGUAUAGAUAUGCCUUAUAAAGGGUUUAUAAAUGCAUUGUUACAACUUUAAAAUUGUAAUUCAUUUAAAGUGGGACCCGAUUAUCAGAUUUACAUUGAAGACUGAAUCUGAUAUGGGUAGAUAGAUAGAUAAUUGGGUAGCUAGAUAAUAAUUGAUCAUAUUUCUAUAGCACUUUUCAUUACAGGUUUAAUGUCAAAGUGCCACCUAAUGUGUGAGACUGAGAGGUACGUUAGUGAGUCUGAACUGUGACCUGUCCCACUAUGUUGUUGUCUGUGCAGAAUAAUAUGAAUGCCCUCCACUACGUGGCCCAGCAUGGCUUUGAGAGAGAGGCCAGUCUGCUGCUGGAGGCAGGCAUCAACACAGACACUGUGGAUGGCGUGAGUACGCAAGCCAACCUUCAACCAUACAGACUACACUAGUUUGUGCAUCGGUUAGCUCCUCUUUAGGAAUAAUGGGUAGCACUUAUUAGAACUUGGUUAGCUCCACGUUAGGAAUAAUGGGUAGCAUUUAAUGCAACUUGGUUAGCUCCUCUUUCAAAUGACAAUAGUGAACAGCCAGGUGUUUUAGUUAAGCCCAACAGCUCAGAAUACACCAGUAGGGUUCAGCAUCUGCACCAUGUCCUCUUCUACACUUUUUCCAACUCAGAGAAUUGGUGCCAUAUUUGUUUGUUUAAUUCAGUGUAUGUCCUAUAUUAACGUUUUCCCUUUUCAGUAAAAGUGUUUUUUCUUUCUUUGUGGGCAGUCCUACUCCUCUGAUAUGUUUGUUGUAAUGGAUAGAGAGAGUCAAUAAAAAGGUGUUCUGAAAUAAUGGUGGGUUAGUUUUAAACCCAUUCUGCAGCAGUAUUGUCCUGGAGGCAGCGGCUUCGACCGCCAGAUCACCCCAAGACACUAAAUGUGUUUUUUCAGUGCCUCAGUGCAGAAUAGGUUCUCUCUAUAGAUAUUUGAUUUAGUGUGUGUCUGAAACAGGACCACAAUCUACAGUACAACAGGCCUUUUCCUUCCACGUACCACUAAUCAAAAGAGACCCAUCGCACUCUCCCAGAAGCUUGGCUGGUGCGUAAAACCCGCAAAUUCAGACAAACAAAAAGGUGUAAUGGGUUCGCACUGAAGAAGGCUGUAAAGCCUGAAACGUUUGUGUAUGCUAUCCCUGAUGCAGUGAAAAUUAUAAAAAAUAUUGAGUAAUGAAGUAAGCUUUAUGCACCAUCUUUUUGAGUGCGAACCCAUUACACCUCUUUGUUCCUCCCAUGUACCACUCCUUUGGAACUCCCUCACUGACAAUCUCAGAGCUGCUCAGAAUGUUGGUGCAUUUAAAGCAAGCCUUAAGAAUCAUCUCUAUCAGCUGGACUAGCCUCGUUCCUAAAGCAGGCACCUUAAGAGUCCUCCUAUCAGCUUGACUCGCCUCGUUCCUAAAGCAGGCCUUAAGAAUCAUCUCUAUCAGCUGGACUAGCCUCGGACUAGCCUCGUUCCUAAAGCAGGCCUUAAGAGUCAUCUCUAUCAGCUGGACUAGCCUCGUUCCUAAAGCAGGCCUUAAGAGUCAUCUCUAUCGAGCUGGACUAGCCUCGUUCCUAAAGCUGGCCUUAAGACCAUCUCUAUCGGCUGGACUAGCCUCGUUCCUAGAUUCCUAUUGUUGUUUUCAUGAUAUUGUUAUAUAUUUUUUAAAUGUCUUGUUCGUUAUAUUUAAAAAUAUAUAUAUUUUACUGUAUUUCCUAGUUUAUAUUUUAUUUUAUGCACUUUGAGAUAAUUCUUGCAUAAUGAAAAGCACUUUACAAAUGUAAUACAUUAUUAUUAUUAUUUACGUGGCAUCUGUUGUAUGUGGUAACCAUCAAUGUGUUUCUAAUUUUACCUUGUGUUUUGAACAGCAACACACAUCCCCUCUUCACAUCGCCGUGCUCAACAAUCACACAGAGGUAGUACGGCUGCUAAUAGACGCUGAAUGUGACCUGGACAUAUCUGACAAUGUGAGUAAUGUUUCCACUCUCUAUGGGCGUUACGUAAUCACCUUACUGUAUGUAAACAUUCUAUGCAAUGCAUUCAAUGAUUUGUUAGGCCAACGGUGCAUCGUGUACCUUAAAGUGUCUGUAUCGAUUGUGAGUCAUCGUGUUGCGUGAUAACCCAUCAUGAGUUGGCUGUGAUCUGUGUUUGACGUUGUUUACAUUAGCACUGAGGUAAAGGCCACAGAACAGUAGGCUCCUGUACAGUGAUAAGGGCCUGGUCCAGCCUCUGUUGGCUUUAGUUUAAGGGUACGCUGAUAGCAGAAACUACUGUCUGCAAGUCUGAGUAGUCAGCUGAUAGGGUCUGAACACUUUACUGUAUCAUAAAACUUGUAACACUUUACUGCCAUAACACUUGUAACACUCCAGUAUACUGCCGUAACACUUGUAACACUCCAGUAUACUGCCGUAACACUUGUAACACUCCAGUAUACUGAUGUAACACUCCAGUAUACUGCUGUAACACUUAUAACACUCCAGUAUACUGCCGUAACACUUGUAACACUUGUAACACUCCAGUAUACUGCCGUAACACUUGUAACACUCCAGUAUACUGCCAUAACACUUGUAACACUCCAGUAUACUGCCGUAACACUUGUAACACUCCAGUAUAGUGAUGUAACACUCCAGUAUACUGCUGUAACACUUGUAACACUCCAGUAUACUGCCAUAACACUUGUAACACUACAGUAUAAUGCCAUAACACUUGUAACACUACAGUAUAACUGCCAUAACACUUGUAACACUACAGUAUACUGCCAUAACACUUGUAACACUACAGUAUACUGCCAUAACACUUGUAACACUACAGUAUACUGCCGUAACACUUGUAACACUCCAGUAUAUGCCAUAAACUUGUAACCACUACAGUAACUGCCGUAACACUUUAACCUACAGUAUACUGCCAUAACACUUGUAACACUACAGUAACGGGCCAAUAAACAUUUGGGUAACAACUACAGUAUACUGCCAUAACACUUGUAACACCUCCAUAUACUGCCGAACACUUGAAACACUCCAGUAUACUGCCGUACACUUGUAACACUCCAGUAUACUGAUGUAACACUCCAGUAUCCUGCUGAAACCUUAUAACACUCCAGUAUACUGCCGUAACACUUGUAACACUUUUAACACUCCAUUUAUCUGCCGUAACACUUGUACACUCCAUAUACUGCCAUAACACUUGUAAACACUCCAGUAUACUGCCGUAACACUUUAACACUCCAGUAUACUGAUGUAACACCCAGUAUACUGCUGUAACACUUGUAACACUCCAUUAUACUGCCAUAAACACUUGUAAACUACAGUAUAAUGCCAUAACCUUGUAACACUACAGAAACUGCCAUAAACACUUGUAACACUACAGUAUACUGCCAAAAACACUUGUAACACUACAGUAUACUGCCGUAACACUUGUAACACUCCAGUAAUCGCCAUAAACACUUGUAACACUACAGUAUACUGCCGUAACAUUUUGUAACACUACAGUAUACUGCCAUAACACUUGUAACCUACAGUAAACUGCCAUAACACUUGUAACACUACAGUAUACUGCCAUAACACUUGUAACACUCCAGUUAACUGCCGAAAAAACUUGUAACACUCCAUUAUCUGCCAUAACACUUGUAACACUACAGUAUACUGCCAUAACACUUGUAACACUCCAGUAUACUGCCAUAACACUUGUAACACUACAGUAUACUGCCAUAACACUUGUAACACUACAGUAUACUGCCAUAACACUUGUAACACUACAGUAUACUGCCAUAACACUUGUAACACUACAGUAUACUGCCAUAACACUUGUAACACAAACAGUAACUGCCAUAACACUUUAACACUACAGUAUACUGCCAUAACACUUGUAACACUACAGUAUACUGCCAUAACACUUGUAACACUACAGUAUACUGCGUAACACUUGUAACACUACAGUAUACUGCCGUAACACUUGUAACACUACAGUGUCGUGACGUGACUUUAAACAUUAAUCUGAGGACUGUAAUCUCUAAUUAACUAACUAUGUUUAAUUGUUACCCGAUUUAAAUUAUAAUGUAACAAUUAACUCAUUAGCAUUUGGGGCACCAUGGGAGCAGCUGUUUAAAGAGUUACCAUCUCCCGAAUUAAACUCUAAAAGGUCUCUACCUAUCACAUCAAUAAACAGUCAACUUAUUAAUGAUAACCUCGUAUCAUAUCAUCAUUCUGAACGUCGUUGUCACACCCUGGCUCUGAGACUCUAUAUGUUGAGCCAGGGUGUGUUCAUUCUAUGUGUUGUAUUUCUUUGUUGGGAGUUCUAGUGUGUUUAUUUCUAUGUUGGCCUGAGUGACUCCCAAUCAGAGGCAACGAGUGUCAGCUGUGGCUGGUUGUCUCUGAUUGGGAGCCAUAUUUAAACUGUCGGUUUUUCCCUUUGUGUUUGUGGGUUCUUGUUCCAGUUGGUUUUGUGUUUUGUACCGUGGACUUCACGAGUCGUUUGUUGUUUUGUUUACUGUCCGUGUUUAUCGCUAAGGAUAAAUAAACAUGUUCGUUCAUCACGCUGCGCCUUGGUCUACUUCCUACGACGAUCGUGACAGAAGAACCCACCAUCACAGGACCAAGCAGCGUGUCCAGGAGCAGGCAGCCUGGACGUGGGAGCAGAUCUUAGACGGGCAGGGGUCCUGGACCUGGGAGGAAAUCCUGGCCGGGAUGGAUCGCCGGCCAUGGAGUGAGACAGUAGAGAGGCGACGAAGAGAGGAGCAACGGCGUGAUCAGUGUCGUCGUCGGGCUGACGAGAGGCAACCCCAAACAUUUUUUAGGGGGGGGGCACAGGGCAUGGACGACGGGGCUGACGGAGGCAGAAAAGGGCCGUAUUCAGAAGGCCACCAGGUUACGGGGGCCACUGGUCAAAGUAGGGAAAGAAGGUUUAGAGGCACGGCGAGAGGUACUGGGGUGUGUUACCAGUCCGGUCCGGCCCGUUCCAGAUCCCGGGGUAGAGCCAGUGGUGUGUGUCCCCAGUACGGUCCGGCCUGUUACGGCCCCUCGCACCAAAUGUACGGUGCGCGUCGCCAGCCCGGUCCGGCCUGUUACGGCCCCUCGCACCAAAUGUACGGUGCGCGUCGCCAGCCCGGUCCGGCCUGUUCCUGCCUCUCGCACCAAGCCUACGGUGUGCGUCGCCAGCCCGGUCCGGCCUGUUCCUGCCCCUCGCACCAAGCCUACGGUGUGCGUCGCCAGCCCGGCCCGGCCUGUUCCUGCCACUCGCACCAAGCCUACGGUGCGCGUCGCCAGCCCGGCCCGGCCUGUUCCUGCCACUCGCACCAAGCCUACGGUGCGCGUCGCCAGCCCGGCCCGGCCUGUUCCUGCCACUCGCACCAAGCCUACGGUGCGCGUCGCCAGCCCGGCCCGGCCUGUUCCUGCCACUCGCACCAAGCCAGGGGUGCGAGUCGUCAGCCUGGUCCAGCCUGUUCCUGCCACUCGCACCAAGCCAGGGGUGCGAGUCGUCAGCCUGGUCCAGCCCGUUCCUGCUACUCGCACCAAGCCAGGGGUGCGAGUCGUCAGCCUGGUAAAGCCCGUUGCUGCUCCACGCACCAAGCCAGGGGUGCGAGUCGUCAGCCCGGUAAAGCCCGUUCCGGCUCCACGCACCAAGACAGGGGUGCGCAUCGUCAGCCCGGUCCGGCCCGUUGCUGCUCCACGCACCAAGCCAGGGGUGCGAGUCGUCAGUCCGGUGAGGCCCGUUCCGGCUCCACGCACCAAGCCAGGGGUGCGCAUCGUCAGCCCGGUCCGGUCCGUUCCUGCUCCACGCACCAAGCCAGGGGUGUGAGUCGUCAGUCCGGUGAGGCCCGUUCCGGCUCUACGCACCAAGCCAGGGGUGCGUAUCGUCAGCCCGGUCCGGUCCGUUCCUGCUCCACGCACCAAGCCAGGGGUGCGUAUCGUCAGCCCGGUCCGGCCCGUUGCUGCUCCACGCACCAAGCCAGGGGUGCGCAUCGUCAGCCCGGUCUGGUCCGUUCGUGCCUCACGUCGUCAGUCCGGCACAACCAGUGCCUGGGUCACCGGUGCCUAAUCAGGUACCGCUCAACUGCUCCACAACGGAGCUGAAGCUAACCGCUCCUGCUACGUCCAGUUCAGCUCCAGCCAGCGGGGCCAGACCGGACCAGGGGCGCUAUGGGGGGAGUAUUGGAGGGUGGUGGGCAAGCCCGGAGCCAGAACCGCCGCCGAGGAGGAAUGCCCACCCAGCCCUCCCCUGUUUUGCUCUAGUUGAGGCGCGGUCGCAGUCCGCGCCUUUAGGGGGGGGUACUGUCACACCCUGGCUCUGGGACUCUAUAUGUUGAGCCAGGGUGUGUUCAUUCUAUGUGUUGUAUUUCUUUGUUGGGAGUUCUAGUGUGUUUAUUUCUAUGUUGGCCUGAGUGACUCCCAAUCAGAGGCAACGAGUGUCAGCUGUGGCUGGUUGUCUCUGAUUGGGAGCCAUAUUUAAACUGUCGGUUUUUCCCUUUGUGUUUGUGGGUUCUUGUUCCAGUUGGUUUUGUGUUUUGUACCGUGGACUUCACGAGUCGUUUGUUGUUUUGUUUACUGUCCGUGUUUAUCGCUAAGGAUAAAUAAACAUGUUCGUUCAUCACGCUGCGCCUUGGUCUACUUCCUACGACGAUCGUGACAGUCGUAUCCUCCUUGCAUCUGCAAAAACCCGAGCCUUACUUAUGAUUCAGUGCUACACAAAUUAGUUUAAUUAUUUAUUUACUAGCUAACUAAAUAAUAACACAGGAUAAACACACACACGGUAUAGGUUAUUGACUAGAAACUUAAUACGAUGGAAACAGGUCCCUAGCGGACUGACACAAUAUGAUGGCUUGUUACAAAAGAGAUGGGGGGGGCAGAGAGGGACAGAGACAUAAUACUUUGGUACAUUUAGAAACGACUCUCACAGUAAUCAUAUAUUUUGCACACGAACCGCCGCCCAUUUGGAGUAAGAAAUCAUGAAUGUAUUUACGUGUAAAUGUCUUGGUUUUUUGUGUAUUUCUGUCGGAACCAGGCCUUCUUGGAAAGGGGGUUGGUUGGGCCUUUCUGCGGCACGCUUGUAAGGCUGUGAUUGUCCACAAGGGGUCACAAUGUCCUUCUUCUUAGUUGUCCGGUCUCCAAUGACUUGUCAUGUAGUCCUGAACAGAACUACAGAAUUGAUUCUACAUCCAUUCACUCUGGAAGAUUAUUCUUUGAAAAUAGGCUAGCCAGCCGUGUCGAUGGUCCCCAGUGGGGUGAUGAGAGUAGUGUAGUAUACGAUGGUUUGAAGAGAGUAGUAGAAUGGUCCCACUUAAAUUCGCUUUUCUAGAUACUUUGCUCAGGACAGCUAAUCAGCCGUACCAGUGAUUAUCAGGGAGGGGAGUUUUCUUCUCCACCUCGUGUUACAAUUCAGAGUUCGAACCACUUUAGACGUGAGCUGCAGCUCGAUGUCUUUCUGGUCUGCUUGUUAAUUUCUUUACCAAACCUUAAUGCACUCUGGUCGAAAUGGCCGGUUCAGUCAGGCUGACACUCUCUCUGACCUCACUCAUGGCAUGGCUACUAAAAAUCACAUUCCUAUCUUAACAAAAAUACUUUUCUAAUUUUUCAUAUUUAAUUCACAACACAUUGGAUGGACACUUCACACAUAUAGUGUGCAUACUUUUCAAGUUACAGUAUUUCCUCUAUAACAUUUUUAAUGACAUCACAAAAUAACAACAAUAUGACAUUAGUUUUCUAUAGACCGCCUCUGACCAUUCCCCACGUAUUCUGUUAGGAAUAUUGUUCCAGUAUUCAGCAUGUUAAAGUUUCAGCGGGGAAAGUGUCUGGAGACAAAGCACAUUCAUUUAUGACCCUGGAUCUCCUCUGUUUGAUUUACAACAGAUGUCAAAACCCCCCUAACCAAUUUCCUCCACCCCCCCUCUUAUGUAUAACAUGACUGUCUAUGUUGCACAUUUUGUGUUGCACACUAUGCCUUAUAACCACAUAAUUAUGUUCAUACCUGUCAGCCUUCAUAAAAUUGCUUGUUACUGAUCAUUUUCUAUUUUUCUUUCUCUCUUUCUCUGUCUCACUCUCUCGUUCUCUCUUUCUUUCUUUCUCCCUCUCUCUUUCUCCCCCUCCCCCCCUUUCCUCUCUCCCUCCCUCCUUACAGAGGCUCCAGACAGCCCUGCACAUCACAGCAGAGCAUGGCAGACAGGAUGUCGCUGAAAUGAUCCUCCUAGCUGGGGUUAACCUCAAACUACUGGAUAAGGUAUUUGAUUUCAAAUCAAAUUUCAAAUUGUAUUUGUCACAUACGCCGAAUACAACAGGUGUAGACCUUACAGUGAAAAGCUUACUUACAAGCCCUUAACCAACAAUGCAGUUUUAAGAAAGAAUACCAAAAAUAAUCACCAAAAAUACAAUAUAAAAUAAUACGAAAUAAAAGUAACAAAUAAUUAAAGAGCAGCAGUAAAAAUAACAAUAGCGAGGCUAUAUACAGUGAGGGAGAAAAGUAUUUGAUCCCCUGCUGAUUUUGUACGUUUUCCCACUAACAAAGAAAUGAUCAGUCUAUAAUUUUAAUGGUAGGUUUAUUUGAACAGUGAGAGACAGAAUAACAACAAAAUAAUCCAGAAAAAACGCAUGUCAAAAAUUUUAUAAAUUGAUUUGCCUUUUAAUGAGGGAAAUAAGUAUUUGACCCCCUCUCAAUCAGAAAGAUUUCUGGCUCCCAGGUGUCUUUUAUACAGGUAACGAGUUGAGAUUAGGAGCACACUCAUAAAGGGAGUGUUCCUAAUCUCAGCUUGUUACCUGUAUAAAAGACACCUGUCCACAGAAGCAAUCAAUCAAUCAGAUUCCAAACUCUCCACCAUGGCCAAGACAAAAGAGCUCUCCAAGGAUGUCAGGGACAAGAUUGUAGACCUACACAAGGCUGGAAUGGGCUACAAGACCAUCGCCAAGCAGCUUGGUGAGAAGGUGACAACAGUUGGUGCGAUUAUUCGCAAAUGGAAGAAACACAAAAUAACUGUCAAUCUCCCUCGGCCUGGGGCUCCAUGCAAGAUCUCACCUCGUGGAGUUGCAAUGAUCAUGAGAACGGUGAGGAAUCAGCCCAGAACUACACAUGAGGAUCUUAUCAAUGAUCUCAAGGCAGCUGGGACCAUAGUCACCAAGAAAACAAUUGGUAACACACUACGCCGUGAAGGACUGAAAUCCUGCAGCGCCCGCAAGGUCCCCCUGCUCAAGAAAGCACAUAUACAGGGCCGUCUGAAGUUUGCCAAUGAACAUCUGAAUGAUUCAGAGGAGAACUGGGUGAAAGUGUUGUGGUCAGAUGAGACCAAAAUCGAGCUCUUUGGCAUCAACUCAACUUGCCGUGUUUGGAGGAGGAGGAAUGCUGCCUAUGACCCCAAGAACGCCAUCCCCACCGUCAAACAUGGAGGUGGAAACAUUAUGCUUUGGGGGUGUUUUUCUGCUAAGGGGACAGGACAACUUAACCGCAUCAAAGGGACGAUGGACGGGGCCAUGUACCGUCAAAUCCUGGGUGAGAACCUCCUUCCCUCAGCCAGGGCAUUGAAAAUGGGUCGUGGAUGGGUAUUCCAGCAUGACAAUGACCCAAAACACACGACCAAGGCAACAAAGGAGUGGCUCAAGAAGAAGCACAUUAAGGUCCUGGAGUGGCCUAGCCAGUCUCCAGACCUUAAUCCCAUAGAAAAUCUGUGGAGGGAGCUGAAGGUUCGAGUUGCCAAACGUCAGCCUCGAAACCUUAAUGACUUGGAGAAGAUCUGCAAAGAGGAGUGGAACAAAAUCCCUCCUGAGAUGUGUGCAAACCUGGUGGCCAACUACAAGAAACGUCUGACCUCUGUGAUUGCCAACAAGGGUUUUGCCACCAAGUACUAAGUCAUGUUUUGCAGAGGGGUCAAAUACUUAUUUCCCUCAUUAAAAUGAGGAUCUGAGGACCCAUGCCAAAUCUUUUCAGUCUCCUGAGGGGGAAUAGGUUUUGUCGUGCCCCCUUCACGACUGUCUUGGUGUGCUUGGACCAUGUUAGUUUGUUGGUGAUGUGGACACCAAGGAACUUGAAGCUCUCAACCUGCUCCACUACAGCCCUGUUGAUGAGAAUGGGGGUGUGCUCGGGUCGUCUUCUUUUUCCUGUAGUCCACAAUCAUCUCCUUUGUCUUGAUCACGUUGAGGGAGAGGUUGUUAUCCUGGCACCACACGGCCAGGUCUCUGACCUCCUCCCUAUAGGCUGUCUCGUCGUUGUCGGUGAUCAGGCCUACCACUGUUGUGUCAAUGGCAAACUUAAUGAUGGUGUUGGAGUCGUGCCUGGCCAUGCAUUCAUGAGUGAACAAGGAGUACAGGAGGGGACUGAGCACGCACCCCUGCUCAGUCCCCUCCAUCUAAUUUUAAAGGGUAAUUCAUUUUUUUCAAGUUUGAUCUUGUUUUUUAUUUACCUUUAGAAGUGAAGCGAUCCAUUAAAACAUGGCGGAGCAAACAUGAACGCCGGUGUGUGGGAGUUGUAAUGGAUUGUUAAUAAGGUCUGCAAGCGUUUUCUUUUAUAAAAUGUUUUGGGAUAAAAACCUUGAAAUGUUUUUUCCAAUGUGGUUGGACAACUCAUUAAGGGUAUCAAUCACUGAAGAUAUGGUAUCUAAAUGGUAUCAAUGCAGAUAAAGUGUUCCACUUACAGUCACACUUGCAAUAAAGAUUAGAUAAGGUCAACUUUAUUUUCCUUGAGGGUAAAAUUGCAUUAGACACAAUGUUGUGUAUUAAAAUAACUAAUCUCAAACAUUUAACAUCAGUCUUCCCAACACACUUAAACACACUUUCUAAGAAAGCUUCUAUGUUCAAAUCGCAUCAGUCUGGCACAGCAGACGCUUCCUCCUGCGUGCAAGUGCCCUGAGACUAGGUUAACAUCUCAUGGGCUCUAAUUCCUUUGCAGCUUGUGUAGUAUGGGACCAGCCAGUGUCUCACUGGUUUAAUGAAAUCAUUUCACCUUAUUCCCCUUAGUGUGUGUUAAAGGGCUCAAGCAUUUUUUUAUGCCAAUCUGAAGACUAUGCCAGGAUCCUGUUAAUCAGGGCACAUCAGAGAAAAACAUUUUGCAACAGAAAACAAUAACAAGCAUUUGUUAUUGGACACAUUUAGGUAGUACCUCUCAUUUCACUGUUUCCCUGUUUUUAUUUAGUGCUAAUGAACAGGACCCAGGACCCAGGUGGUGUACUGUAUGUCAAUUGAAUCCAGUGUUGUGGCUGUGUGUUGGUACUCUCAGCAGGGGAAGACUUCUCUGGAGGUGGCAGCCAGAGGAAACCAUGUAAUCUUAGUGGACAUGAUUAUCAAAGCAGACCGGUUUUACAAGUGGGAAAAGGUAGGUUAACUUUUAAACCCAAAUGUAAAUAUAUUUCCAUCAUUGAACUGCAAGGUAGUGCCUGCAGCUCUACAUUGUGCUUGUUGAGAUCGACUGCUUUCGGGCUUCGCAGCGCACCAGAUCAUCACGAUUCCGGGAUGAGUGUUUUAGCAAUGCAGUCAAUCUCAAACACAAACCCUUUCUUUGUGUACCAGGACAACGUGAUCAGCGAUGGUGAUUCGUGGCUAGGGAAGCAGCUGAGCUUUAAGCAGGACCACCAGGUUGAGACCCAGCACCUGCGCUCUGUCAUUUGGAGGCUGGCCACCAAGUACCUGUCCCGCGGGGAGUGGAAGACCCUCGCCCAGCACUGGGGCUUCACGGAUGCACACAUCCGCGCCAUAGAGCAGCAAUGGACAGGUGAGGCAUCGGCUUGGUCUAGAAAUAACCCCCAGCCACUAGCCCGUUGUACAUUUACAUUUUAGUCAUUUAGCAGACGCUCUUAUCCAGAGUGACUUACAGUAGUUUGCAGACCUGAAGCAAUCACAUAGGUGUAAUGAAAUGGUGAUUUCUCCAUCUAGCUUUCUAUCUGAUUUUAAGGGGGCUUCCUUACAUUUAUAUGAUUCCUUCAGAUCUGCAAACACCAAAGACAUAGAGCCUAAGGAGUAAGGAGUUAGCAACCUGGGUUGGCAGAUAGCCUUUAGGUUAGAGAGGCUGACCAAUAGCCAGAGGGUUGCUGGUUCAACCUAGAGGGUUAAUUGACAGAUCCCAGGUACCAUCUCCUGCCAUUGUGCCCUUGAGCAAGGCACUUAAGCCCAGAACUGUCCUUAUUAUAGCCCACGUAUUUUAUAUGAUAACUCUCUUAUGACAUUCACAUACUGUAUGUUAGGUACAAAGAGCUUCAAGGAGCAUGGGCACCGUAUGUUGCUGAUCUGGCUGCAUGGAGUAGUCAUCGCAGGGGAGAACCCAAUCAAAGGCCUGUAUGAGGGACUGGCGGGGAUCUCCAGGACCGACCUAGCUGGUGAGUCAAUGGAAAGGGAGACGAGAGUCAACACCCAUCAGGGAUUUCGAACCCGAGCACCAGGGGCUAUCUUUAGUAGAAACAAUGGGCGAAAAGCAUUAAAAAAAAAUCUAAAACAACAAUGGAUAUUCUUAUUGGUCUGUACUGGCCAAUCAUUGUCUCUCAUUUCAUGCCUACUGAACGCUCUCCAGCUUCCCUCUAGACCACACUGCUGUCUAGCCUUGGGGAGGUAGUUGUCCAAAAGCUUAAUGAGCAUAUUGUGCAGUGGUGUAAAGUAACUAAGUAAAAAUACUUUGAAGUACUACUUAAACUACUGUAUCUUUUGGUAUGUGUUUCAUUAGUCCAUUGUCGAUAUAGUCCUAAAAUGUAUUGCAUGUCAGCAAUCAAGUUUUCAAGAUAUAUAACUUUCAAAAUACAGAAGGUAAGAUGCAUUUUGCAUCAUAUGAUGCAAAUGCAUCAUACUGGCUGUAUUUCUGUAUUUUGAAAGGGUAUUUGUACUUUACUUUAUUAUUUAUAUUGUUGACAACUUUUACUUUUACUCCAAUAUAGUCCUAAAGAAAAUAUGUACUUUUUACUCCCAUACAUUUGCCCUGUCACCUAAAAGUACUAGUCACAUUUCUACUGCUCAGGCAGGACAGCAAUAUAUUCCAAUUCACGUACCAAUAUAAUGCAUUUUCAUCUGUACUGCUUCUUUUCUGCGUUUGUAAAUUAUGUCUAAGUUUUGGAGUGUGCCCCUGGCUGUCCGUAAAAACAAGAAAAUUGUACCGUCUGGUUUGCUUAAUAUAAGGAAUUUUAUGGAUAGAAUUUACUUUAACUUUUACUCAAGUAUGACAAUUUAGUACUUUUUCCACCACUGGUAUUGUGGUUAUUAAUUACAUAAGUACAUCACAUUCACAGUAAAAGCUGGUUUGACCAUCUUUUAUCAUCUCUACCAGUAAUGGUCCGUAGCCCGUAGUUCAACUUAAAUGAACAGAGAAGUUUCCUUUUUCUUUUUCAACAGAAAGCAUCAGACAGAAGGCAAAUGCAGACACAAGCUCUCCCAAGAAAUGCACCGCCAUGUGAACAAGUCCAUCCUGAAACACACUGCAGGAAUAAAUGGCAUUCCAGGGUUCAAAACUAAAAAUAGUGGCUGCAACAAAGUUAAUACACUGAACAAACAUGUAAAGGCAACAUGUAAAGGGUUGGUCCCA